AUGGCUCCCGAGCUUCCUGGUUACUAUUUCGGUAUGACCAUCUUUUUACUCUACAACACACCCCCCGUCGCCCAUGCUAAAGAGAGCCAUACAGACGCCGCCAAGAACAAGUACUUUAAAAUCGAGCAAGCCCACACCGCGCCCCCUGCGGCCUCGUGGUCCGCCGACGCUGUCAAGCGACGUCGCCUGGAAGACGCGGCCGCGGACGCGACCCGGCGACGGGCGCGGCUCAUGCGGCGGCACGUGCAGCGCAACGCCGCGUGGGAAGGCGAUCUGGUGGCGCGGGGCCUGCUGCGGCGGGAGGUUCUGGGCGUCGACGACGAGGGCACGCUGGUGGCGGCGGCGUGGGCGCGCGGGACCGUGGACAAGGGGAACGUGCCGUUUUCCGCGGCGCGGACGCAGGGCAGGAGUGCGAACAUGCCGUGUUUAUAUGUUGGCGGGGAGGAUGCCAAGACGGGCUUGGGCGUGGCCUAUGCGACUCUGGAUGAGGAGACGCUGGUAGGGAGCUAUAUUGCUACUGACGACAACGAUACAAUAUCGUUUUCGAGAACCGCACCGGCGAGUUCUGGUCGUCGGCAGGGAAUGCUCCGUACUGAAAUGAUUCGCUGCCCGCAAAUGUCGUCGAUUCGGUACCACCGGCCCUCGCACAAGAUGCUGCUCACCUCGCGCGAGCCGGACCAUGCCUGCGGGGUGUACCUGUUUUCGCCGCUGCUGUCCGACGACGACGACGACGACCAGCGUCCACAAUGGCUGCUGGGCGAGACCAGCCACUACCAGAGACUGUCCUUUCAGCACCGUUCCCGCACCGAGUGGCUCGUCCACCAGUCCACCCCCGCGCCGGCCUCCUCCCCGGACCUGCUCUGCGUCCUCGGCACCAACGCCGGUCUCGUCCGCGUGCUCUCCAACGAGACGCUGUCGCCCCUCGCCCCGCCUCCCAGCACCGCCACCAAGCACAUCCCGCAGGAAACCUUUACCCAGGACUUCCUGCACCACCACCCGCAGGUGCUCCUCGCCGGCGGCCGGCGCGCCCGGCUGUGGCUGGCCGAUCUCCGCGCGCCCACGGCGCACUGGCGCUCGACGCACACCGCCGGCCCCGUCACGCACCUGCGCAGCAUCGCGGAGACGCACAUGGUGCUCGCGGCCGGCCUGCGGAGCUCCAUGGUGGCGUACGACGCGCGCUGGCUGCCGCGGCCCGUGCUGCGCUACGAGGGGUACAAGAACGAGGCGCACGUGCAUACCGGGUGGGACGUGUGCGAGACGCUGGGCCUGGUGGCGGCCGCGCAGGAGGAUGGCACCGUGCGCCUGUUUUCGCUCAAGAGCGGCAGGGGGCUGGGCGGGCUGGGCGGCAUCAAGACGGAUACGCCGGUGCGGGCGCUCGCGUUUCGGAGGAUGCCGAGGGAACGCCUGCCGAGCUUGUUUGUGGGCGAGGGCUCGCUCCUGAGAAAGUUUUCGCUCGGGGUGCGCGAGCUUGGCGACGAGGGGUGA